AGAAGCAUCCUCCCGCUUGCGGUCUCCUCUUGUCAUUGUUUUUUUUUCCUCUCUUCCUCUCUUCUUCUCCUCCUCCUCCUCCUCUCUGAGCUUGCUUGCUAGUAUGGAUUCCUGCCUACUAUUUUUUUACUGCCUCUGGCUCGCAGGUUCUUUAUCUGGAGAUCUCCGCCUCCGAAGCUACCUCUCCCCUUCGUCCUCACCGCUUCUCCGCUCUUAAAUACCACUCUUGCUUGUCCAGCCACCUACUUGCCGCUCUACUCUUACCCCGCUUCUCACGCUUCCAGAUCUUUGCGUUCGAGUUGCUCUUCUCUUAGCAUUCGCUCUUAGAGGUUUUGUUUGUUUCGCAAGAGGUGAUCAUGGGACAGAAACCACUAAUGCUCAAGGAGUACCUUGAGCUGGAUUCGGACCUGGAGUCCUGCUCCGGGUUCGGGUGCGCGCCGAGGCGGGGCGACGCGGCGACUAUGCGGUGCCUCCUCGAAGCGGAGCUCCGCGGCUGCGGCGGCGGGAGGCUGGUGAGAGCCCGCUCCAUGGGCGCCCUCACGAGGCUCUCCGCCGUUAUCCACGCCGUCAGGCUCCUCCCCUUCGGCGGCUUCUCUGCCGGAUGCCGGUCCAGCCACGAGGGUUUCCUCUCCAGGAGCUUCUCGAAGCGGCUUAGAGGGAGCUUCUGGAAGAAGAGAGGGAAGGAGGAAGAACACAAGGCUAGAGUGAGGGUCAUAGACAUUGUGCAGCUGAAAUCGUUCGAGGAGGAAGGAGAGGAGAGGAAGUCGUUCGGUUUCCCCUCUCCAGUUGUCAGUAGCUGCAGCAGUUGGUCCGAGUCCUACUCGUCCGGAUCGGACUUCUUGCGCUCGUCCAUCGGUAGCUCCGAGUGCCUUGGCGAGAUCGACGCCGCUGACGACGGCGACGGGGAUGGCGAAAAGGGGUCGCCGCCGCGGCGGAGCCCGAGCCUUAAACGGAGCCCAAAGGGGAGAAAUGCUGUCGGUGGGGAUUCCGUUACCGUGGAGACAUCUACCGGCCACCGGGAGCCUGAGGGCAAAACGAUGGAGUGCCUAGGGUGCCAGCCUGAAGAGGAGAAGGAGCAACUAAGCCCGGUGUCGGUGAUGGACUUCCCAUCCGAGGACGAAGAAGAGGAAUCGUCCCCAUCGCCUUCCUUCCAGCAAAGCCACGCCAAAGUCGAGAGAACAAAGCUGCAGCGGAUGCAGAAGAUCAGACGGUUCGAGAGCCUCGCUGAGCUGGAAGCUGUUGAUCUCGAAGAUCGGUUCUCGUCCUUGGAGGACCCGACCGAAUCGACAGACCACGUGGAAUCGGACAAUGCAGAAGAGGCUCACAGAGACACCGUGGAGACGAGGGCGUGGGACCUACUCGAGGACCUCGAAGCCAGGUCGCACGUGGGCCCCGCACUCGGGUGCAUCGAGAAGCUUCUGCUGGACUUCUUCAUCGAACGGCUCUCCUCCUCUGAUAGCGUUGAUCACAGCUGUCUUUUGCGCACGAGAAUUACGUCAGGUGUACGCGAGCCGGCUGGGUUGCUGAAAGCCGCGAGGGAUUGGAUCAACGGCGAAAGCAGCAGGGAGGUGGAGGAGCUCCCCCUGGUGGCGGUGCUUAAGGAGAUGGAUAGGAACGGACGGUGGAGAUGCCUCGAUAAGGAAGAUGAGGAGUUGGCCGUGGAUUUGGUGGACGCCAUGCUAGGGUCCUUGGUAGGGGAGCUGGCGCUAGAUUUAGUAUCAUGAUAAUAAUUAACGAUCUCCGUUGAUUAAAUCAAUUUAGAAAUGUGGAAGUGUCUGUAUAUGUCGCGGGAUAUACUGUCUAGGAGUAACAGCAAUCAAAUUUUGAUUUAUGAGUUCUGCAGUAAA